CCUCCCGUCCGAUCCAUCACCCACCAUCAACUGCCUCUUCAACGGUAGUAGUAGCGAGUUGUGUGCCUCCUUCUUGGGGCACGCUCUGUGACCUCUAAAAGGACGGCCACCUCCCCUCUGUAUUCCACCUCUUCUUCGGGCUUCUUCAUCUGCAUCCAGGCCUAAAGAGCAAGUAGCACAGCGAUGGAGGGGGGGAAGGCAGAGUUCAGCUUCGCCAAUGGGGGUGUGCCGGCGGUGGUGUCGCCGCGCGGAAGGCUGCCACCGAUCCAGACAAGCCGCAGCAUCAGCUUCAAGAAGACCAAGGACGGGGAGGAUCGGGACGGCAACGACGGCAUCUGCCACGACGACAGCACCCCGCCGGUGAAGGCGCAGACCAUUGACGAGCUCCACUCCCUCCAGAAGAAGCGCUCCGCCCCCACCACCCCCGUCAAGGAUGGCCAGGGCGCCCUCUUUGCCACCAUCUCCGACGAGGAGCGCCAGAGGCUGCAGCUCCAGUCCAUCAGUGCGUCGCUGGCAUCGCUGACUCGAGAGACAGGACCCAAGUUGGUGAAGGGCGAUCCGGCGAGGAAGGCGGACACCCCCAAGAUCAGCACUGUUCACCACCAUUACUUCACCCCGACCAUCAGCGUCAGCGACAGCGCCCUUAAGUUCACCCAUGUCCUCUACAACCUCUCACCUGCAGAACUGUAUGAACAAGCCAUAAAAUAUGAGAAGGGAUCGUUUAUCACAUCGACUGGAGCUUUGGCCACCUUGUCUGGUGCAAAGACCGGUCGUGCUCCCCGGGACAAGCGAGUUGUCUUCGAUGAAACCACUGCAGAAGAGCUGUGGUGGGGGAAGGGAUCGCCUAAUAUUGAAAUGGAUGAACACACAUUCCUAGUGAACAGGGAGAGAGCUGUUGAUUACCUGAAUUCUCUGGACAAGGUGUUUGUGAAUGAUCAAUUCCUGAACUGGGAUCCUGUGCAUCAGAUCAAAGUGAGAAUUGUUUCAGCAAGAGCCUACCAUUCCCUAUUCAUGCAUAAUAUGUGCAUCCGUCCCACACCAGAAGAAUUGGAAAAUUUUGGUACUCCAGAUUUCACGAUCUACAAUGCAGGGCAGUUCCCGUGCAACCGUUACACGCACUACAUGACUUCCUCAACCAGUGUAGACCUGAAUCUUGCUAGAAAGGAAAUGGUUAUCCUUGGUACUCAAUAUGCUGGAGAGAUGAAGAAGGGUCUGUUCAGUUUGAUGCACUAUCUGAUGCCUAAGAGACAAAUUCUUUCUUUACAUUCUGGGUGCAACAUGGGCAAAGAUGGGAAUGUUGCCCUCUUCUUUGGAUUAUCAGGCACUGGGAAGACAACUUUGUCUACUGAUCAUAACAGGCUACUUAUCGGUGACGAUGAACAUUGUUGGAGUGACAAUGGUGUUUCAAAUAUUGAAGGUGGGUGCUACGCCAAGUGCAUAGACCUAUCAAAGGAGAAGGAACCUGAUAUCUGGAAUGCCAUCAAGUUUGGAACUGUGUUGGAAAAUGUUGUAUUAGAAGAGCACACUCGUGAAGUGGACUAUUCGGAUAAGUCGGUCACAGAGAACACUCGCGCUGCCUAUCCGAUCGAGUUCAUCCCCAAUGCGAAGAUACCAUGUGUCGGACCGCACCCGAGGAAUGUUAUCCUACUGGCCUGUGAUGCCUUUGGCGUCCUCCCACCAGUGAGCAAGCUGAGCCUGAGCCAAACCAUGUACCAUUUCAUAAGUGGCUACACUGCUCUGGUUGCCGGCACUGAGGAAGGUGUAAAAGAGCCACAGGCCACGUUCUCUGCUUGCUUCGGUGCGGCCUUCAUAAUGCUCCACCCCACUAGGUACGCUGCAAUGCUGGCCGAGAAAAUGCAGAGGUAUGGGGCCACUGGGUGGCUAGUCAACACCGGUUGGUCUGGUGGAAGGUAUGGCGUGGGCAGCCGCAUCAAGCUGGCCUACACUCGGAAGAUCAUCGACGCCAUACACUCUGGGAGCCUACUGACUGCCAAUUACAAGAAGACGGAGGUGUUUGGGCUGGAUAUUCCAACUGAGAUCGAGGGUGUGCCAUCAGAGAUUCUGGAUCCGAUGAACACUUGGCAGGACAAGGCAGCCUACAGGGAAACACUGCUGAAGCUGGCUGGCCUGUUCAGGAAGAACUUUGAGGUGUUUGCAAAUUACAAGAUCGGCAAGGAAGGGAAUCUGACGGAGGAGAUUCUCGCUGCUGGCCCCAACUUCUGAGACUUCCGUGUCCUAGCAAGCUUGAUAAUAAUAAUAAUGAAGUUAUUCGAAAGAGACUGGUUCUGAGCAGAAAUAGUGGAAGCCGGAUGCUGUUUUAUGUCUCAUAUUAUAUUAAUACAUGUGGAGUUGUAAUGUAAGUAUGCACCACAAUAAACACAUCAUUUCCGGGCUUUCUGGGUGUCCUGUGACAAAACUCUGAUGUGAAAGGUGUUUAUAGCUCUUUCAUGUCCCCAAACGCCUACAUUCCUUGGAUCUAUCUAUGGGUAGCUGGAGUCCACUAUUAACAGUUAAGGAUCUGUAAUCAAAGAAGAAAAAAAAAUGCAUGUUUCUCUUUCUUCU